GGCUCUUUUGCACAAGUGGUUCAACGGUGAUAAUGGAAGCAGUUGGUCUUGCUCUUGCUGUUCUUCCACUUCUAGUCAACCAGCUCGACAACUACGUUCGAGGUCUUCAAACAGUGAAAGGCUUUCGAGCAAGGCGCUAUCGUCAACAGUUGGAUGAAUAUUUCUCGAACAUAGGAACCCAACAUGCACUAUUCUUGAACACUCUUGAACGAACGCUCGAUGGAGUGUUCGAAUAUCAGGAUGGCAUGGAUGAUCUGAUCAAUAAUCCCUCGGGAGAGGCAUGGAAGAAACCUGAGCUAAUACAGAAGAUGGAAAAGAAGCUUGAACGGAACUAUGUGCCAUUCAAGAAAACAAUGGAAGAGCUUUCCGGGCUCUUAGGGGAUCUAAACAGGCGGCUGGGAUUCGAGGACAUGUCAUCUGCAGAGGUGUUUUGGAAGAAUGCAUCAACUCUGGAAAGAGAGGUUAGGAAAUUCAGGGACAUUUUCUCCAAGACUAUUUAUGCCGACCUCCUUGAUCGAAUCAGCGCUGCGAAUACCAUUCUGCACAACUUAGUAAAGCAGUCUGAAUACCGAAACCAACCGCAUAGACGAAGACUCUACAGCCUUCCUCUAUCGCGUUACAGAUUAUCCCGCAGGUCGGCACGCAGCCUGCACAACACCAUUAUCCGUGGGAAAUGCUGGAAGUGCCCGUGCAAGUCCCUCCACAAGAUUCAUUUUUUCUUGUGUCAUGGAGAUAUUAAACCGUUUAAUCCAUCAACCGACACGCCUGGGAAUCCUCGCUUUAAUAUAAUCCUGACCUCAGCUGCUAAUUCUGGGCCAAUCAGUUCCUGCAAUACGGCCUAUAAACUAGAAGCAGAGUCAGAGAUCAUUAAGUCCAGCAUCGGGCUGCACCACUUGUGUAAUUCUGAUCACACAUCAGUCAAGUCAUUGACCAGGUCGCUCAACAGCCAUAGCAAGAGAUCUGUAUAUUUCUCUCUCCCGGUUACGACCCGUGGGCCAUCACCGACCCCUAGCCUCCAAUUGCCCGAAAUUGCUGAUAUCUGCGGUACUUUGUCGGCCUUGGGACCCGGGAAAGGCAACAAGAGCGUUCUAGGCUCGUUAUCAGACGACAGUCAUAGACAUAACAUUAUCUAUCUCCAUAGUCUUUCACUGGGGUUAAGGCCACAGUCAUUGGAAGACUUAAUCACAGCUUCUGCUCAAUUUUUAAAUGGCCAAACAGACGAUGGGUUUAUCUUUAGCCAACUUGAUCGACUACGACUGGCGGUGAAUCUCUCAUGCAGUGUCUUUCAAUAUCAUGGAAGCUGGCUGGCGCAUCAUUGGAGACCUCGCGACAUCAUGUUUGACCCACAGGACGCGGCUAAUCUAGGAGACCCCUUUUUAUCUUGCGAUCUGGGCGACGACCUUAGUGAUCUGACCCGAACUGAGAUUCAAAGCACUUCUACGCUCAUCCGGAAUCAGGUCCUCUUUCCUCUCGGGCUAGCUCUUGUUGAGCUAUCCCUUUGUCAGAAUCUGCAGUCAUUGCGUGAAAAUGACGACGAAGAUAUCAAUGAGGCACAUGCAAAUCUCAAAACCGCAACUCGUCUUCUACCAAAGGUCGAGGAAAGAAGUGGUCCGGAAUAUGCAGAUGUGGUAGACCGGUGCCUUUCUUGGCACGAUCGAAGAUCAACAAGCCUGGAAAGCGAGAAAGUACAGGAGGAAGUUUUUCGACUGAUUAUCUACCCGCUGGUGGAGAACCUGAGAAGUUUUGAAGACGCUUACACAAUGUAUUGA